AUCAGAUAUGGACGUAAGGGACUGGUAAAGAGUGCUAGAUCGAAGGCCAAGUGAAUCAAAGUUGCAAUAUUUUGAAAGGAAAAAACACAAAAAAAAACACAAUAUGUGUCGUGAUUGUGUGAAAGAAGAGCUCCCUGACAGGGGCAGAAUGUGUGUAGAGAAUGGAUCAUACUUGUGGAAUUAUGAAUGCUGCAAGGAAUGUGGUAAAAAAGAACCCAUUGAAAUUACCAACAGAACGGAAGAGGAUGAUAAUGAUGAGGAACUUGUUACUUAUAAACAUGUUUGUACGAUCUGUGGUCAUGUAAUAGCUGAACAUACUUAUACAUUUAGUGUUGAUGAAGAAUACCAGGCUUAUACCAUGACAUGUCUACUGUGUGGGAGGGGCUCUGAUCUUAUUAGAAUCAACAUUGAAACAUCUAUGCCUAAUGGAGUGUGCUAAACAAAAUAAUCUGGUCAUUGAGAUAUGGUCACCAGCUUUGUCAAGAAUCAAGGCAAUAUGUAUUUCAUGUAGUCUUAUGCAAUUCUCCACGAUAACCAAGAACAGRAAAUAAUCACACUUGAGAAAAAGUCUUUUAUUUACUGAUAAGAGAGUCUCAGUAGUACAGGAGUAAAGUUUAAUCAUAUUCAUCAGGCAGAUACCUACGCUAUACAAUAUUGGAUUUGCUAUUUGUACACGUGCAAGUUAUUUAAUGAUUCUAUAUUAUCAAGUUUAUAGAAGUACAUUCUAUAAAACUAACUAAUAUUCUUUUUACAGUGACUGAGAAAUGUAUUCAAUGGUUUUAAAAAUUAAAAAAGUUUUUUAAUGAAUAAGAAAAAUUAUGAUACUGACUGUAUAGAUCACCACAUUGUCCAUGUCAUAUACAUGUAUACACAUUUAUCACACUUUAAACUUAUCAAAAUACCACAUGAAUGCAAACAUUAAUCCUAAUGGCUUUUCUUUGGUUUCGUCAAAGACAAACUCUCUGCUUUUUUCAAGUGGUAAAUAAAACACUUCAAUUCUUUCUCCCUCAUUAAGAUUUCCUCCUCCAGCCCCAUCGAUAAUCAUGUCAUCUGUAACUUCUGCAUAAAAUGAUGUCUGUACUGAACCAGUACUUCCUACACCAGCUCGACAAGAUGUGAUCUUGUGAAUAUUUUCUUCAGGAACAUUGUAGCCACACUCCUCCAAUAGCUCCUGUUUCAUCAAUGAUUUUAGACUAAUGUUUUGAUCUACAAUCCCUGCACAGAGUUCAUAUGUUAUUCCAGCACUAGCAUCGGCUAGAGCUUUCAUUGAGGAAUCAUCUGCUUUGACAGAAACUGGAUUCGCACCUGAAUUCUUGUUGUGCAGUUUCCGGUUAACGUGCAUAUACACCGCUGUAACCAAAGAAAGAUGGUCAAAAUAAUGUAGGCUUUAGCAAAUGGAUUUAUUGUUUUGUCCAGUGUUUUGGAUAACACUUAAAAUUCAUAGCAGCAGCAAAUUAAAGUUAUAGACAUUUUAAGAAACAAGACUACAAUUUGGAAACAAGACAUGUUUUGGCAGUUCAUACUGCCAUCUUCAGUUGUGAAAGAAAUACAAUCAUUGAUACGUCUUUAUAAAUAAUGAUGUUAAAGAAAGACAAUACAUGGUGGAAUGUGUUCAUAAGGGUAAUAAUAAAUUUAAUAGCAUGUUUGACUU